CUGUCCUACAUAUAUUCGUGUAUUCCGUUCUCUAACACACGAUUCAGUUGAUCAGCUUAAUUAACAGCCCCUGCUUAGUUGAAGUGGGGAAAUUUACUCCAUGACCAGGGUUGGGAACCUGUGGUAUAACUAUUAUAGGUUACAUGUGUAGCUAUUUUUAAUCCUGCGACGCCAGUUUUGUGAUUUCCCUGGCCUGACACCUGAUUCAACUCACCGGUUAAUUACCAGGUUAAGCGGGUGUGUUAGAGCAAACAGAGAGGGGGGGAGCUAGGGCAGAAAACUCUGCAUAGCUGAAUUCAUAAAGUCCAGCAGGACAUAUAACAACAUUAUAGGUGUUCACUGCGUAUUCUGCUUUGUGGUGUGGUGGAGGGGGUGUUGAUCAUUUUCACGCACGGACCCUGCUGUGCACUGGCCCCCAUUUGUGAUUGGUCCCUCCUUCGAGUAGAGGGGCCAGUCACUCAUUCACUAUGGUAUGCGUUGUUUACCGCGAAGGGAAGAGGAACAGAGAAUUAUGUGGACUUGACCGAAACAGAGACUCGGGUCGUUAGAUGCAGAGGGACCGUAAAGAGAGUGACAACAAGACCAAGGUGCAGUCACCAGAAGAGACGAUCUAAAAAAACCCUUAUUUUUUAAACGCAGAAAUCGAAUACUGGGAUUCAAAGGAAAAGAAACAACCCUGCGACUGGAGCUGGGAAAGCCAUGGCUGAGGGAGGAUGCGCUAAAACCGAGAAAGAGGAAGGACAGUGCAUGGAGGAAGACGCGCAGUUUUUCCACGGUAUCGGUGUCUGCAAAUGGUUCAAUGUGCGGAUGGGUUUCGGCUUCUUGUCUAUGAACAGCCGAGAGGGAGAACCACUUGAAGCUCCAGUCGACGUGUUUGUCCACCAGAGUAAGCUACACAUGGAGGGAUUUAGGAGUCUGAAGGAAGGUGAGAAUGUUGAGUUCACCUUUAAAAAGUCUUCCAAGGGCCUGGAGUCUGUGCGGGUGACAGGGCCUGGAGGAGUGCACUGUAUAGGCAGUGAAAAGAGACCCAAAGGCAAGAGUGCCCAGAAACGCCGCUCGAAGGGAGACAGGUGCUACAACUGCGGAGGUUUAGACCACCAUGCAAAAGAGUGCAAGCUGCCUCCUCAGCCAAAAAAGUGCCAUUUCUGCCAGAGUGUCUCACACAUGGUUGCCAACUGCCCAGUCAAAGCCCAGCAGUCCUCAUCAGGCUCUCAGGAAACACCUUUCUCUUUGAAGGGAGAGGAAGAAGUAAAGAAUUAUUCCCCUCCACCCACAGAGAUUACCAACUGAGGCAAGCAUGCACAGAGGAGGUUUGGAUGGAGCUUACAAGUAAAUCAUACCACUAAAUUGAUGAGAUGAAUAGGUUCCUACUAAUGCUGCUUUUGGAACUACCUCAGGUAUAUAAAAGAAGAAUGUACCGUUUUGUCUUUGGUGUAAUGCUCAGGUAUAUAAUUGCUUUAUACUCAGGAAUUUUCACAGUGCAUUAUUGUAUCUCAGUAACAGAAGUGUUUUCACUGUAUCUGACUUGUGAUUAUAGUUUUCUACAUGCUUUGAUAAUGUUAUAAAGAGUGUGACACUUUUUGACUGUCUGACAAAGAGCAGAGGCUGUGGAGGCACUACUCUGUAAAGAAUGUAUAUUUCAGGGAUAUUUAUGGUGAGGUUUAGGAUUUGGAACAGAGUUGGGGUGUGUUUACAAUCGACUGACCUCACCACCUGGGGCCAAAUGAAUGUUAUGUUGGCAUGGCUUGCCAGUGAUUAUUGUUUGGUUUAUCCCUGUUAAGUAAUAGAUUGUGAUUAUUUUGAAAGAAUGACACAACCUUAGAGAUUAAUUUCAUUAAUUAAUUUAAAAUUACAGUCUGGAUUCAAAAUAUGUGUUGACAUCACAUGCUACUUAUCUGCUACUGUCUGUGCUACCAAUGUUUGCCUUUUUCUUUUGACAGUUUAUUUUCUAAGAGUUUAUUAUUCUGAUGACGUCCGUGUCCAUUAACUAAGACGUUGCCUCCUUUCCUCAGUUGCCAGACUUCUUUAGGAAGAAGAAAAGUGCAUGCAGAUCUAGCCUUAAUAGUCUUUUUAAAUAAGAAGCUAGCAUACUUUCUUAUACAUUUAAUAUAUACCAUAUAUGUUAACCUAUAAGAGGCCCAGUUGAAAUCAUCUUAAUAUUUAUUACUAUGGCUUCUCCUCAAAUACCUUUCCCUUUGCAUCGAUUUUACAUCCACCCUCUCCUCCCAUUAUUUAUGAAAUGUUAAUGUUUUGUUGUUUAAUUUACAGACUAUGAUGAUUCUAUGCACAAUUUUGUUAGACUUGGUAGAUGAGUGUUGGGAAUUUUAUAUAUGCUGAUAUCAGUGCAAGUCUGCACUAAUCAUGGAGCUUAUAUUUGCCUUGUUAUGGUUGCUGUUGUUUUUGAUAUUUAUCAGAGCAAUAUGUGUGUGUGUGUGUGUGCAUGUGUGUUUUGUGUUAUUUUUUGUUUUUGUUUGUUUUUGUUUUGUUUUUUAUAAUUACUGAUUAAGCUAGCAAAAACCUAUGAUACCAUGAACCUUAAAAUCCCAGAGAACACAUGUUGGCUACAUUCAAUAGGAGAGUAAUUUAGUGAUGCAUGUCAGAGGACAAAUGGCAAUUCCAGUAUCACACUAGCAUUAUUAAACUGUUCACAAUCAUUUUGUUUAACCUCAUGUUGAUAUUUUUUAAGAAGUUUAUUUUGGAUAUAUGACUACCAACAAUCAUGCUAUUAUUAUAACACUUGA